AUGUCAGCGCCCUUUGGCACGGUACUGGGCACGACCGACGGUGGCGUCGAGGUCUACUGCUGCGACUACGAGACGCUCGGCGAGUCGGCGCUAGCGGAUCGCAACGACUUUAAGAACGUCGUCGACGGGAUCACAACCGGCUACAAGUGGCAGUGCGUCGAGCUCGGACGGCGCUACCUCUUGGUCAACCAUGGCGUCGUGUACGACAACAUUGCCAUGGCGUACGACAUCUUCCGCCUCAAGUACGUCCGGCGCGUGGCCGACAAUGUGCUCUUCCCGCUUGUGCCUCAAGCCAACGGGGUAGCGACGCGGCUGCCGGCGAAAGGCGCGCUCUUGAUCUGGAACCCUCUCGGCAAGUUUGAGCGCACGGGCCACAUUGCCGUCAUCGUCGGCGCGACGGCCUCGUACACUGACAUUGUGGAGCAGAACGUCGACUUUACCGUGUGGCCGGCGGGCCAAACGUACUCGCGCCGGCUGCCGACGACCGUUGACCCAGAGACUGGCGCGAUCACGCUCCAGUGCACGCACGACGGGUCGAUCCUCGGUUGGACCAGCGUCCACUUCGAGACAGAGUACAACUACGAGGACGUCCCGAAAGCAACGUCCUCGGACUUUACGCAGCACCAGGUGACGCUGACGGAGGCCCACCUCGGCCGGCCGUGGCUCGACCCGUCCCGCCCGUACGUGCAGACGUUUCUCGCGCAGCCGAGCUGGCAGCCAUCGUCCGGCGUCUCCGACUACUUUUGCAUGAGCCGCCAUGGCCAAGCCGCGCUCGAGUACGCGACGGAGCACCUCCACCACAUGUUCCUCGACGCGACCGACUUCAUUCUGCACCACCAGGACGAGCUAGGGGCGCAUUUCCGCAUUCCGAGCGCGCUCUGGCCGCGGCUCUGGCACUCGUGGAUUCACGCCAAGCCCGACUUUGUCGCGGGGCGCUUUGACUUUACGUUGACCGACGACGGCCUCAAGGUGUACGAGUACAACGCCGACUCGGCGUCGUGUCUCAUGGAGUGCGGCUACAACCAAGACGCGUGGGCUUCGCUGGCCGAUCUCGACACCAUCGGUCGCAGCGGCAGCGAUACCCUCUUUGCCAAGCUUGUGGCGACGUGGAGAGCCCGCAACGUCAUUGGGCCGCUGCAUUUGCUCUGUGACGACGACCCGGAAGAGCUCUGCCAGACGCAGUACAUGGCGGCGGCCGCGACCGCUGCGGGUCUCGAGACGCACGUCGUAGUCGGUCUCAACGGCCUCGCACGUGCGGAAAACGACGUUUUGGAUGGUGCUGGCAACGUCCUUCGCAAUGUCUGGAAGACGUGGGCGUGGCGCACCGCGCUCAACGAGCUCUCGGACGACGAGUGGACCGAGUUUUUGUCGACGGACGGCACCGACGCAAUGGGCUGGGUCACGCCCAAGCACUGUCGGCACCGGUACGACAGCAUCAUGCUAGUCGACGUGCUCUUCAGCCCGAGCAUCCGCGUCUUCGAACCGCUCUGGACGCUCAUUCCAAGCUCGAAAGCGAUUUUGCCCGUUCUCAACACGCUCUACCCGCACCACCCGCUGCUACUAACGUCGUCGUUUGCGCUCACGCCAGCGCUGCAAGCCGCGGGCUACGUCAUCAAGCCCGUGGCGGGUCGCGCGGGCGCCAACAUCUCGAUCGUCGAUGCCCAUGGUAGUGUUGUGUCGCAGUCGGACGGCCGCUGGAGCAGCGAUACGCCCGUGUAUCAGGAGCUGGCGCUGCUCCCCAAGCACAACGGCAAGUACGUGCAACUCGGCACGUGGGCGAUUGGCGGCGAGUAUGGCGGUACGAUAAUCCGUGCCGACGCCAACAAGAUCAUGGGCCUCGAGUCGUUCGUCUACGCGAUGCGCGUCAUCGAGUAG